AUGAGUUUGUUUUCUUGGAAGCGAAACUUGUCUAUAAGUGAAAAGGAACCGACUUUUAAGGUACGUUACCUUGGAAAUGUUCAGACAGCUAUGAUGAAAGGUGAUGGAUGUGUAGACAAACCUGCAGCAGUUAUAUGGAAUAACUAUGUGCGGAGUUCGAACCCAGGACUUGAAAUGAGACUAACCGUUACAAGCUAUGGUUUGAAAGCAUUCACAAAGGAACAAGGACUCACUGAAUAUAGAGCUCACAGGAUAUCAUAUUGUAUAGCGCAUCCGAAGUAUCCUAGGGUGUUUGUCUGGGUGUAUCGACACGAGGGGAAAAAAAUGAAAAUGGAACUCCGUUGCCAUGCAGUUUUGUGUAAAAAUGAAGCCAAGGCAAAAGCUUUGGCAGUGCAUCUUCAUGAAAAAUUAAAUUUUGCCUUAAAAGAGUUUAUGCGUGAAAAAACACGACGACAGAAUUCUCGUCUGACACUUCAGAGGACAAAUUCUUUACCACAAUCAGGCCAGGUGCUACCAAAAAGGACACAGUUUUUGAGCACAGGUCAACACUUUAAACCCCCAAUAUCUAAAUCAAACACAGCACCCCGACUUGGUGCGAUUGUAGAAGCUCACGAGACUUUAGAGGAAAGUUUUGAGGAUGUAGAGGAAGAGGAUGAAUCAACAAUAACGGACGAUUCAUUAGAUGAGGAAGAAGCCCUUAAACAUGCACUCAGUGACCCUUCUCUAGACUCCCCGGCUCUGCAUGAAGCUAAGAUGGAGGUGAUUUGUCAACGAAUAAUUGAUUUGGAAAUAGGUAAUGAUAUAGAUGAGCUGAAACGCGACGAGGAAGUGAAAUUCUGUAUCACCAAUGGUGAUUCUGACGAUGAGUCUUCAGAAUCUGGAUUCCAUGAGGAACAAACUGAGCCUGAUCAGGACCCCGAAGACAUGACCUUGACCUGUGAAGGAGGCAACAUGGCCGACCUUGACCUUUUAGAUCAUAAUGUCUGUGACAAUCCAGUGGGGGAUUAUGUUGAAGAGAGAACGAUUGUGACAAGUUUAUGA